UUUGGUAGGAACCGACUUAUAUAAAGUUUCAAAACGUAGAAAAUAAUGUUUUGUUAUUAAAUAUGCGCCUUUUAUAUUUGGUUUUCCUGUUUCUAAAGAUAGAAGCAAAAGUACCAGACCAAGUGUUUUACUGGCCAAUCAAACCUUUUAUAUUUUUUGAUAACAACACGUUGGACGGUAUAUUGCCGCGUUUGUACAAGCGGUUAGCUGAUUUAUGCAGUCCUAACCAGAUGCUAGCUGAAUUUCAUUUGGCUAACAAAACAUUUAUUGAGAGUAUCUUUUAUAAAAAUGUAAAAGAAGUCUCUAAUGGGUACAAGAAUGCAGAAAAUAUAACUAUAAACAAUGCAAUAUGGUAUCCUUUAUUAAUUACUCUAGAUCUACCUUAUUUGUCUACUUAUAACGUGAAGGCAGACUUUUUUAUUCAUUCGCCAAGUGUUGGUGUUAUAACUAAUAAAAAAAAGAUAACCAUUAUAAAUAAAGUUAUUGAAUCUCUUAAAAAAAGUUCUUCAAUUGUUUUGCAUGCUGGCGUUUUUAUUUUGAUUUUCUCAACACUUCUGUGGCUAACUGAAUGCAAAAAAAACAAUGAGUUCAACAACUCUUUUGUAAAAGGAUUUGGUACUGGUAUAUGGUGGUCGGUUGUUACAAUAGCAACAGUGGGAUACGGUGAUAUAGUUCCAAAAUCACUGAUUGGUCGAAUUCUUUCGAUACUUUGGAUGAUAAUAGGAAUUGUUCUCGUUUCGGGAUUGACUGGAAUGUUUAGCUCAGUUAUGACAAAUAACUCUUUUUUGAGUAUACAAGAUCAGAAGAUUGCUGCUAUGAAUAACUCAGUGGAAUUUUUCAUUGCAAAAAAAAAUUAUAACUCAAGAUUAAAAAGAGUAUACAACUCCUACGAAGAUGUGUUUGACGAUGUGAAUUCAAACAAAGUUGAAUAUGGAGUUAUAAACAUUGAUGUUUUGUUAAACUUGGAUUAUAAAUUACUAUAUGAAAACGUUGCUCUCGUUAAGUUAUUGGACGCAACUUCGCCUGUUUUAAUAGCUUUUGGUAACGAAACCAACUUGAUGGCUAACUUUUAUUCAUUUAAUGAAUCCCCAACAGAUGAAGUUUUUAAUUGUUUAAAAAGAUUAAAUAUGAAAAAUAUCAUUAAAGAUGUGCAAGAGAUUUUUCAAAUAAUUCCUAAUAUUGACAUAGAAGCUGUGCAAAAUAUUACCGACCUUUUAACAGUUAAUUACAUAUUAUAUACAUUAAUAAUUAUGUUAAUACUAGUAGUUUCUUUUUCCAUAAAAGAUGUUAUUUCAUUUAUUUAUAACAUUUAUAAUGGAAAAAAGCAAAACAAAAUAAGCGAUGUUAAUACAAAUGUUCCCAUGAGUUUAUUUUUUAACAAGGACUUCAAUGAAGAGCCGACAUCUAUAAAUAAUUUGCUGGAAGAGUUGGCAACAGUCAAGGAAAAAUUGAUGAACGUACACGCUGUUGUUUUGUCAAAACAAUUUUGUCAAGUGUGUUCAAAACAACCACAAAAAACAUUGCCUUCGUAAAAAAUAUUUUUUUUAAAGUAUUAAUUUUUUUGUUUUAAAGCUAUUAGUACAUUUUUCUGUCUUUAUAUAUUUAUUUAUAUAAUAUAUACGAGCACGACGAAGUCAUUUAUUAUUUAUUUCAAGUCACGUAAUAAUAUUUUAAACAAAAUUAUUUAUAAUAAAUUUUUAAUUGUAAUAUAAUAAAAAAUUCAAAUUUAAAUAUAAAGUACACAUUGUUUGUAAUUUAUUGUCAUGGUUUAAUAAAUGCAUGUUUUUCUA